AUGGUGAACUUUACAAUUGACGAGCUCCGGUCCUUGAUGGACAUACCGGAGCAGAUCCGGAACAUGUCCGUCAUUGCGCACGUGGAUCACGGCAAGUCGACGUUAACGGACAGCCUGGUUGCUGCGGCCGGUAUCAUAGCGAUCGAAGCUGCAGGCGACACGCGCCUCACGGAUACGCGCCCUGACGAGCAAGAACGCUGUAUCACGAUCAAAAGCACUGGAAUCAGCCUUUUUUUCCACUAUCCCCCGGAUCUGGAACUGCCUAAGGACUCGGGCGACUCGCGGGACUUUCUCGUGAACCUGAUCGACAGCCCGGGCCACGUGGACUUCAGCUCGGAGGUGACUGCAGCGCUGCGCGUUACUGACGGUGCGCUUGUUGUCGUAGACUGUGUCGAGGGGGUUUGUGUGCAGACAGAAACGGUGUUGCGGCAAGCGCUCGCUGAGCGUAUCAAACCCGUCUUGACGAUCAACAAACUGGAUCGGGCGUUUCUGGAACUGCAACUCGAGGCAGAGGAAAUGUACCAAACCUUCAGUAGGGUGAUUGAAAACGCGAACGUGAUCCUUGCUACUUACCAAGACGCUGCUCUUGGCGAUGUUCAGGUGUCCCCGGCGAAGGGCACCGUGGCGUUUUCCGCUGGACUGCAUGGCUGGGCGUUUACGUUGACCCGGUUCGCACGGAUGUAUGCUAAGAAGUUUGGCGUCGACGUAGAGAAAAUGACGCAACGCCUCUGGGGUGAGAAUUAUUUCAACCGCAAGACAAAGAAGUGGACAACGAAGAGCACCGACGCUGAAGGCGAGCAGCUGGAACGGGCCUUCUGCGAGUUUGUGAUCAAACCGGUGAAGAAGAUCAUCGAGCUGUGCAUGUCGGACCAAGUUGAAGCCCUUGAAAAGCUGCUCUCCGGAUUAGACGUGUCGCUGACAAACGACGACAAACAGCUACGUCAGAAGCCAUUGAUGAAGCGCGUACUGCAAAAGUGGCUCCCAGCAGACCAGGCACUCUUGGAAAUGAUUGUGACGCACUUGCCGUCACCUGUGAAGGCCCAAAAGUACCGCACAGAGUUGUUGUACGAGGGUCCAAUGGAUGACGUUGCUGCAACGGCGAUGCGCAACUGUGAUCCGAAAGGGCCACUGAUGCUGUACGUGAGCAAGAUGGUGCCGGCCUCCGACAAGGGUCGCUUUGUGGCUUUUGGAAGAGUCUUCUCAGGGACAAUUCGCACAGGCAUGAAGGUGCGUAUCUACGGACCAAACUAUGAACCAGGUGAGAAGAAGGACCUGGCGGUGAAGAAUAUCCAGCGAACCUUGCUGAUGAUGGGCCGACGCACCGAAGCCGUCGACUCCGUUCCCGCUGGUAACACUGUCGGACUCGUUGGUGUGGAUCAAUUUCUGGUCAAGUCAGGGACGAUCACGGACGAGGAGAGCGCUUUUCCCAUCAAGAACAUGAAAUACUCGGUUUCGCCUGUUGUUCGCGUCGCCGUUGAACCCAAGAAUCCGAGUGAUCUGCCCAAACUUGUGGAAGGACUGAAGCGCUUGGCCAAAUCCGAUCCACUGGUUGAGGUUACCAUGGAGGAGAGUGGCGAGCACAUCAUCGCAGGCGCCGGAGAGCUGCAUUUAGAGAUAUGUCUGAAGGAUCUCCAGGAGGACUUUAUGAAUGGCGCGGAGAUCCGCGUAGGCAACCCGGUGGUCAGCUACCGCGAGACUGUCGAAGGGGUUCCUGAUCCGCUGAACACGGCCGUCUGUCUGUCCAAGUCUCCGAAUAAGCACAAUCGUCUCUAUAUCUACGCCGAUCCACUGCCCGAAGGUGUUGCACAAGCCAUUGACGAGGGCAAGAUAACACCACGCGACGAACCCAAGGCUCGGGCGAAAAUCCUGAAGGAUGAAUACAACAUGGACGAGGACGCCGCCCGUCGAAUUUGGUGCUUCGCCCCGGAUACGACCGGCCCGAAUCUUUUCAUGGAUCGCACCAAAGCCGUCCAAUUCCUGAAUGAAAUCAAGGACUCUUGCGUUGCAGCGAUGCAGUGGGCAUGCAAGGAGGGUGUCCUCUGUGAGGAGCCCAUGCGCAACAUCGGUUUCAACCUGGUUGAUGUGACGCUCCAUGCAGAUGCGAUCCAUCGGGGUGGUGGUCAAAUCAUCCCGACGUGUCGGCGGUGCCUCUACGGUGCACAGCUGCUAGCGAAACCGCGCCUAUUUGAGCCAAUGUUCCUCGUCGAUAUCACCUGCCCAGAGCAAGCGGUGGGCUCCAUCUACGGUCUCUUCUCGCGAAAGCGGGGUAUGGUCACGGAGGAACAACAGCGUGCGGGAACGCCACUCUGGAUCCUCAAGGCCUACCUCCCGGUUGUGGAAUCAUUUGGGUUCACCGCUGAGCUGCGUUCAGCAACGUCAGGCCAGGCCUUUCCUCAAAUGAUGUUCUCGCACUGGGAGCUGGUCCCGGGAUCCCCGCUGGAAACCGGCAACUUGGCGUAUGAUUUCUGCAAAGCGACGCGCUUGCGCAAAGGCCUCAAGGAGAGUGUGCCGGAUAUUUCGAACUUUUACGAUAAGCUUUAG